GCCGGUUAUCGCACAAGAAGCUAAAGAAGGGUUUAAAUUAGUUGAGUAAAAGCCUAAACAAGCUAAAGAUGGCAUCCAAUAUGUAUGCUUUUCACAAGCAGACUCAUCCACCAACAGGAGUAGAGCAUUGCCUUUACUGUAACUUUUACAACAUGGAAGAACAUAAUUUGAUUGUUGCACAAGCAUCUCAUCUCAAAGUUUUUAGACUUGUACCAGAAGCAGAGGUUUCUGAUAAACUAGGAGAAAAUGACAAACAACCAAAACUGAAAUUAGAGUGCACCCAGUCCUUUUCUCUGCACGGCAACAUUAUGUCACUUCAAGCUGUUAGGCUCACAGGGUCACCUCGUAAUGCUCUUUUACUCAGUUUUCAGGAAGCAAAGCUCUCAGUAGUUGAAUAUGAUCCUAGCACUCAUGACUUGAAAACUCUCUCUCUUCAUUAUUUUGAAGAUUAUGAUAUGAAGGGUGGAUUUACUCAGCAUUAUCAGAUACCAUUUGUACGAGUAGACCCAGAAGGUCGAUGUGCUGCUAUGAUGGUGUAUGGGAAAAAUUUAGUUAUUCUUCCUUUUCGUAAAGAUUCUGCUACUGAAGACCAGGAUUCCAGUCUUCUUCCUGGCAGUAAAUCAUCAGUUUUGGCUUCAUAUACCAUAAAGUUGUCAGAAUUAGAUGAAAAAGUUGAUAACAUCAUUGAUCUCCAGUUUUUGCAUGGUUACUAUGAACCUACAUUGCUUAUAUUGUUUGAACCUCUGAAAACUUGGCCUGGACGAGUAGCUGUGAGACAAGACACUUGCUCUAUGAUAUCCCUCUCGCUUAAUAUCCAUGAGAAAGUUCAUCCAGUUAUCUGGUCCCUGAGUAGUUUGCCUUAUGAUUGUACACAGGCUUUGGCAGUACCCAAACCUAUAGGUAUGUCUUUAUAAAUUCUUUGUUGUAU